CUGAGAAUGAUGGAUGCGGUUGGCAGCAAAUCUCCGCUCUCGGCUAUUCAACCGGGGGCUUCCCUGCUUGAUACAGCCGGGAUCGAUCGCUAUGAAGAUGGAAUAGACGCAUCCUAAAUACACCCGAAGCAUUUUUUUCCUUAUCCUCCUGGAUGUCCGACUGCCGCGUUGUUCUCUGCAGCAUUGGUCCCCGGCAAGGUGUACAAGCUGGUGAUUAUAACCAUCUACCUAUCACCGAAUAAACAGAGGAGAAGAAGAGAGGCAAAAAAAUGAGAAACCAUGUCUUCCUCAAAACCAGCGAAUGAUGGCGCCGCGCUCCCGUGUUACAAAAUAGCAGCUAUACGUGGGGACGGCAUUGGGCCUGAGGUGAUAGAAGCUGGUAACUAUCAAAGUGCUGAAGAAACUAACCGCGUGGCUUGGAUACUUUUGAACUGGCCUUCGAGAACUUUGAGUGGAGCAGUGCGUAUUACAAGAAACACGGCAGAUAUCUCUCCCAUUUCAUCUUCUACCUUCCUCUGGUUCUCGUUUGUGAACACUCCAGACGUACCAGAUCAUAUCUCCCUCUAAGGUCUUCGACUAGCAAUAUGCCAACCAGGGUCUUUCACGGCAUCCAAUCGCCGCUCCAUCUCGACUGGGUGAUCGUCCGUGAGAACUCUGAAGGGGAGUAUGCGGGUCACGGUGGGCGCAGCUACGCCGGCAAGCCGUGGGAGGUAGCCACGGAUAUAUCCAUCUUUACCCGCCAUGGCGUGGAACGGAUCAUGAAAUUUGCAUUUGAGGCUGCGCGGAGUCGGGCGAAGAAGCACAUCACUGUCGCCACGAAGAGCAACGCGCAGAGAAAUGGGUUGGUGGUGUGGGAUGAAAUUGCGGCGGCGGAGGUCGCAGCGCAAUUUCCCGAUGUGACGUGUGAUAAGAUGCUGGUGGACGCCAUGACGGCGAGAGUGGUGCUGACUCCUGAGAGUUUGGAUACCAUUGUUCCGACCAAUUUGGUAUGUCGGUUUACCUUCCCCUUUCUUUUAAGCGGGAAGAGAUGGACUCGUAGGGUCCCGAGCUGGGUGCGUGGUUUUUCAUUAUUUGAUGUGAAGUUUGACAUGCCUAAUCCUCUACCCCCCACGCCCCCCUAGCACGCCGGUAUCCUGUCCGAUCUUGCAUCAGCUCUUGCAGGAUCAAUUGGCAUCGCUCCCACGAGUAACCUUGAUCCCACGCGCGAGAACCCAUCCAUGUUCGAGCCGGUUCAUGGGUCCGCUUUCGAUAUAGCCGGAAAGGAUCUUGCCAAUCCCAUAGCUACUUUUUGGACAGUAGCUGAAAUGCUCUCUUGGCUGGGACAAAAAGGAGCUGCGGCUGAGCUGCUAGAGUGCGUGGAAUCCGUCUGCAAGUAGGGGAUUGUGGCAGUGGAUUUGGGUGGCAACAACAGCACAGCUCGGAGUCAGUACCUAAACUGUCUAAGUGCUUUUUUAUUUACUCCGGUUCCUAGAAGGGAGAGGGUUUGAUAUGAGGAUAACAAAGGACGAGGGGUUUGUAGAACAAACAACGUGCGAGUUUUCAAGGGUAUUUGACAAAGGAAGUAUUCGUUCACGAAACACGAAUUUGGUCCCAGCCAUUGCCCUGGUCAGAACUGACUACACUGAUGUUGAUGUAUAUGGUAUAUUUCCACAAUUGAAGAUAGAAAAUCCACUCCUGCUCAGCUGAGACCUUGAGCCAGUUCUAGAGAAGAAAAAAAUAGAAAGAAA